AAACGCAACUGUAACGCUCUUCUCUCUUCUGCUCUCUCUCUCUCUCUCUCUCUCUCUCUCUCUCGCUUCUUCUUCUUCUUCAUCUUCAUCUUCUUCUUCUUCUUCAAGCGCUAGUGGAAAAUGACGAAUAUGCCCCCCACUCCCUCUCCCACUCGCACCACUUGCGCCUCUCUUCUUCACGAAUUGCAGAUAAUAUGGGAUGAAAUUGGUGAGAGUGACAGCGAGAGGGACAGGAUGCUUCUACAACUCGAGCAAGAGUGCCUCGAUAUUUACCGAAAGAAGGUUGAAAAAACAAGAAAGUUCAAGGCUGAAUUGCAUCAGUUGUUGGCCGAGGCUGAGGCUGAAAUUGCUAAUGUCGUCUCUGCUCUUGGCGAACAUACCUCCUUUUCACGGGGAAGGGGCACUCUUAAGGAGCAAAUAUCUGCCAUAAAACCUAUUUUGGAAGAGUUGAGGUCAAAGAAGCAAGAAAGAAUUAAGCAAUUUUCAGAAAUCCAGUCACAGGUUGUUCAGAUCUGUGCAGAAAUAGCAGGCGAUGGCCAAUCUAACAGUUCUGAUCCACAAGUUAAUGAAUGUGAUCUGACAGUGAGGAAGUUGGGGGAGCUUAAGUCACACCUUCAGGAACUUCAGAAUGAAAAGAUUUUUCGAUUACAAAAGGUCAAUAGCCAUAUUAAUACUGUCCAUGAGCUGUCAGCUGUGAUGUCGAUUGAUUUUUCUAAGACACUAAAUGAAGUGCACCCAAGCUUAAGUGAUCCCUCAGGUAGUCAAUUAAAGAGCAUUAGCAAUGGUACUCUUGCUCGAUUAACGGGUGUGGUCCACUCACUAAAGCAGGAGAAACAACAAAGGCUACAAAAGCUGCAAGGUCUUGGGAGGACACUAAUAGAGCUAUGGAAUCUCAUGGACACACCAGUUGAUGAGCAAAAGGGAUUUGAACAUGUAACUAGCUUAAUUUCUUCCUCGCUUGAUGAGGUGUCAAGUCAAGGAUGCCUUGCUUUAGAUGUCAUUGAACAGACAAAGGUUGAAGUUGAGCGAUUGAAUGCUCUGAAAGCUAGAAAGAUGAAAGAGUUGGUGUUUAAGAGGCAAAAUGAACUAGAAGAAAUCUACAAAGGGGUUCAUAUGGAUCUAGAUAGUGAUGCAGCACGAGAGAUUCUCGGCAGCCUCGUAGAUUCUGGUAAUGUGGAUCUGUCUGAUCUUCUUUCAAGCAUGGAUGAUCAGAUUGCAAAAGCCAAAGAGCAAGCUCUAAGCAGGAAGGAUAUCUUGGACAAGGUGGAGAAAUGGAGAUAUGCAAUUGAGGAGGAGAAGUGGCUUGAAGAAUAUGAAAGGGAUGAAAAUCGGUAUAGUGCUGGAAAAGGAGCACACAAAAAUUUGAAACGUGCUGAAAAAGCACGGAACCUGGUCAGCAAAAUACCAUCUAUUUGCGAGCAUUUGACUGCAAAAGUAAAAGCUUGGGAGAUGGAGAAAGGAAUUCCUUUCUUAUAUGACAAGGUUCCUGUCUUACAAAGCUUGGAAGAAUAUAGUGUGCUACGCCAGGAAAAGGAAGAGGAAAAGCGUAAAUUUCGGGAGCAGAAACGGCUGCAAGAACAACUUGCUGCAGAACAAGAGGCUCGCUUUGGUUCAAAGCCCACACCAAGGAAGCCGCUGGGCCAAAGCACCAGCGCUAACACCAUGGUUGGAACACCCACCGGUCGUCGUUUGAUGACUCCUUCAGGCCGCCAUGGAGUAUCAGCCACAAAGGAGCGUAGAGAGAGUGGCAGGGCCAAUUACAUGAUUCCUGUAAACUACGUUGCUCUUCAAAAGGAUGAUGCAAUCUCUCGGGACAGUUAGGCUGCUCUCUCACCCCUUUGAUCUGAUUGUAAAUGAGUCUCUUCUUUUAUAGUGCAUAUCAUCAUUUUUUGUUUCCUCCCAUUUCUCUCGUUUCCAGCAUAUGGCUCUUUCCAUAUGAUUUAGAAGUAAAAAUUCGGAUCAGCCUGAAUAAAAACAUGUUAAUGUCUUUUGGUUUCAAGACUCAACAUAUUUGGCAUCGCA